UGCCCGCGCCGCAACCUGACAUGAUGCGGGAGCGGUGCGCCCCGGCGGCCCGGCCGACCCUGCCCUGGGCCCUGGCCGUGGCCCUCCUGCUGGCGCUAGGGCCGCGCGGCCCCGCGGUCCGGGCCCACAGGGUCGCAGAUCCCGGCUUCCGGGAGGGCUACUUCGAGCAGCUGCUGGACCACUUCAACUUCGAGAGAUUUGGCAACAAGACCUUCCGCCAGCGGUUCCUGGUGUCAGAGAAGUUCUGGAAGAGGGACGAGGGACCCAUAUUCUUCUACACGGGGAACGAGGGGGACGUGUGGUCCUUCGCCAAUAACUCGGGUUUCAUCCUGGAGCUGGCGGCCCGGGAGGCGGCCCUGGUAGUCUUCGCAGAGCACCGGUACUACGGGAAGUCGCUGCCGUUUGGCGCGCAGUCCACGCAGCGCGGGCGCACGGAGCUGCUGACGGUGGAGCAGGCCCUGGCCGACUUCGCGGUGCUGCUGCAGGCGCUGCGGGCGAGCUUCGGAGCCCAGGACGUCCCGGCCAUCGCCUUUGGCGGGAGUUAUGGGGGGAUGCUGAGUGCCUACAUGCGGAUGAAGUACCCUCAUCUCGUGGCGGGGGCCCUGGCAGCCAGCGCGCCCAUUGUAGCUGUUGCAGGCCUUGGGGACUCCUACCAGUUCUUCCGGGAUGUCACUGCAGACUUUGAGGGCCAGAGUCCCAAGUGCGUUCAGGGAGUGCGGGACGCGUUCCGGGAGAUCAAGGACUUGUUCCUACAGAAAGCCUAUGACACCGUCAGCCAGGAGUUUGGCACCUGCCAGCCGCUCUCGGGGCAGGACCUGACCCAGCUGUUUGCGUUUGCACGCAAUGCCUUCACUGUGCUGGCCAUGAUGGACUACCCAUACCCCACCGACUUCCUGGGCCCCCUUCCGGCCAACCCUGUCAAAGCUGGCUGUGAUCGGCUGCUGACGGAGAACCAGAGCAUCGUGGGGCUCCGCGCACUGGUGGGACUGCUCUACAACGCCUCGGGGACAGAACCCUGUUAUGACAUCUACCAGCAGUACCGCAGCUGUGCAGACCCCACCGGCUGUGGCUCCGGCACCGACUCGGAGGCCUGGGACUAUCAGGCCUGCACCGAGAUCAACCUGACCUUUGCCAGCAACAACGUGACCGACAUGUUCCCCAAGCUCGCGUUGACGGAGGAGCUGCGUCAGCAGUACUGCCUGGACACGUGGGGCGUGUGGCCUCGGCGGGACUGGCUGCGGACCAGCUUCUGGGGGGCAGACCUCAGAGCUGCUAGCAACAUCAUCUUCUCCAACGGUGACCUGGACCCCUGGGCAGGGGGUGGGAUACGGAGCAACCUGAGUGCGUCGGUCAUCGCUGUCACCAUCCAGGGGGGAGCCCACCACCUAGACCUCAGGGGUUCCAACCCAGCAGACCCUGCGUCAGUUGUGGAGGCUCGGAAGCUCGAGGCUGCCCUCAUCCACAGGUGGGUGAAGGCAGCUAGAAGGCCCUGGUAGGCCCUGCGGGGCCCCUCUCCAAAUCUUGGCCCCGAGGCAAGGAGGAAAUUCGAAGGGGCGACGUCUCGGGUUGUCACCAGGAGAUCCUGCAUGAGACGGAGAGCUGCGGGAAGAUGAGUCCUAGCCCAAACCCCUGUGCCCCGGGACGGACGGGAUCUUCCUGAC